GCUGAGGCAACAGAGAUAAACAGAAGGGCCGAGCUUAUACUUCACAUUUCCGGGCACCAGAUUUGGAAUACCAACAAACCAUGAUCCUUCACAGAGCGUGAUCGCUAAGGUCACUUUUUACGUCCGUGCUUUUUUCUAAAACGUGCGACAUUUAAAAGUCGACGGCGGCACGAUGUUAUCCUUUUUUACCUCUCUUAUUCCGACUUCCUACUUCCUACCAGGGUGGUUGACUCCCGAUACAAACCCAGUGCAUAGUUUACUACAAGGACUGGUCGGUGCUUGUGGGAUCUCGGUGCUGUGCUCCCUGAUAAGACUGCACUUAUUUCUAAAGGAGGAGAGCUGGAGUGAUAAAAAUGACACACCGAGCCAGAGGACAGCCAGUCAUCAAAGUAGAACCACCACUGGACUCGUUGGGAAGCUCCACUUUCUCUUUGUGGCUGGGACGCUGGCUGUGGUGGGCUCCCGCGUAGCCUCCCUGGUGGUCCUGGAGUUUUGUCUUCGCGCCAUCUCCGGAUUCUUUACAGCAGGACCUGGGUCAAAGACAUUCGUGCAGCAGCUGCUGAUUCAAAGCCAGUUCUCCCUCGGCUGUGCGUUAACCUGCAGCUUGCACUUCCUCCACGAGGGGGCGUCCCAGCGCUGGCUGUGCUUACUCGUGGCCGCGGGGCUGAGCUGGUUCCUGGCGAGGCGGGCCACGCUCCUGCUGCACCACGUCGUGUCUCUGUACAAACUCCACAGCUCGCAGCGCUACUGCGCAAUCUGCAUCGGCCUGCUGGCAUGGGGCCGCCGCCUGCAGCCCUGCCUUUGCAGGACCAUGAUCAUCACGUUCUCCGUGGCUGUGGUGGCCGCCGUGUCGGUCAUCAAUCAACACUUCCUCUCUGCAACUGAGGCCCUCAGGUUUUGGACGCCACUGACUAUCUGCUACACGCUGCUGGUUGUGUACAUGCAGGCAGAUGAGCAGCACCGCGCGCCCGGGGGCCAGGCGGUCCUGAACACCGUGGUGGUGCGUCUCGGUGGUUUGAUGGUCCUGAUGCUGACUGUUGGACGUUGGGCCGACGUGCUUCACAUCCUAAUGUGUUUCCUGGGUGAGGCCAGCUGUCUGAUCCCCACUAAGGAUCUGCUAGAUGCCGCAUUGUCACAGGACGAGGAGGAUUACACACACUACACCAAAAGAGAUCAACGAAGAGCACAGACGCAAGAGAAGCAGCAUCGGAGAUAGACCCUCUGAGACAGUCCGGUGUCACUCCACUUUCAUGACACUAUGAGUCCUGUUAGAUCCACGGCAACAAGGAAUGGCUUUGUAUUUAAAAUGUAAUGUUUUCAUUAAAAAAAUCCAAGGAGCAAUCCUGCCAUUAAAUAUCUUGUUUUUCAAAAAAUGUAAUUAAAAAAACACCAAUAACCAUCUGGAUUAAUAUAUGAUCCAGAGAAUCAUCUAUA